UUCACUCAACUCCACUUCAUACCUUUUCUCUGAAACAACCAAAGAAUUUUUCCGGCCCUGUCUCUUUACUGAGUAGACCACUCCAUCGGAGAAUCCUUUUAACUAAUUAGAAGCUUCUCUGAACCAAAAAAUAAAAACUAUUGUUGCUUUCCUCUCCUCUCUGAUCUUUAAUGCACUCUUCCCGUUGCUCCUUCCUUCUUCGAACACCACCUUUUUUGCUUCAAUCGCUAACUCUCUUCUCCACCUCGUCGCAGAAACAAACCCACCUUCGUCUCCAGCCAUCACCUCAUCGUUCCACCUCAGUUGAUAAUACAUACAUAAAUAUGGGAGGAGUCGCUUUGGUUCUUUAAGAUUGGUGCUCACAACACAUGAUUUGCAACGAAAUAAUAUAGUUUUGGCUUUCUUGUAAGCUGAAAAAGGAAAUAAAAGCAAUUAGCUUCUUUGCUUCAUUUGAGUGAUUACCUGAUCUAUUUUUAAACUCGGCAGUUAAGUGAAGAGUAUGCUUUUUGAAAUGUGCAAGGAUUUUUAUUUCUAUGGUGACGUUGGAACCUCAAGGUUUAAGCAUUAUUUGAGAAGAGAAAUAUUACCAUGAAUCUUUCUUAUGACCAGGAAGAAGAGUUAUAUUUUACAUGAUUUUUUCAUGGCGGAUGAUGGGUUAUGAGUUUUGUAUAGAAGCUUGUAAUGUUUUGGUGUGGAUUCACAGUCAAAUUCUGAAAAAUUGGGAGUUGAUAUUGCAUGCUUUCUAACAGACAGUUAACUUGUUAUUAAAUAUAUUAUCCUUUCAAAAUUUAAAAAUAUACACCUUCAAGAAGGAAGUCAUGUGGAUUUCAAAUUAUUACUUUAGGGAGAAUGAGGCCAGAUGGUAGAUUUUCAUCAAUGGUCCAUGGAUUUGUUCCUAGAAAAAGAAGAUAAAUUUUAACUUUCUAUUCUUGUUAUCUCUUCCUUUGGCUGGUCCUGAUGGCUGGUGGAUCAAUCUAUGUGCACGAGACUGUGGGGAAGGGAAUUGUGUAUUCUGAUAAUUUCAUUUUCUUGCAUGGCAAUUUGGAAAUAUGGAUUUUUGAAGCGAGAUCUCUUCCAAAUAUGGAUUUAGUGUCUGAGAGGAUGAGAAAAUGCUUUACCAUGUUUGGUUCUUGUGCACGGCCCACCAAGAAAAAGGAUAGGGAUAAAAGUGGACGGAAAAUUAUUACUAGUGAUCCUUAUGUUUCUGUUUGCAUGGCAGGGGCAACAGUAGCUCAGACUAGAAUAAUUGCCAACUGUGAAGAUCCUUCAUGGGAUGAGCACUUUCGUGUACCGGUGGCUCACCCAAUUACUAAAGUUGAAUUUCAAGUUAAGGAUAAUGAUAUUCUUGGGGCUCAGCUUAUUGGAGUGGUUGAGAUACCUAUUGAGAAAAUCCUCCCAGGAGACAAAAUCAAUGGUUGGUUCCCUAUUGUUGGUCCAUAUGGUAAUCCAUUGAAACCUUAUCCUGAGCUUCAUCUUUCUUUGCAGUUUAGGCCUGUUGAAGAGGACCCUUUAUAUAAGAAUGGUAUUGGUGCUGGGCCUAAUUACAUAGGAGUGCCUAAUACAUACUUUCCACUUCGUAAAGGUGGGGUUGUUACCCUUUACCAAGAUGCUCAUGUGCCUCAUGGAGCACUACCUGAUAUCAUACUAGAUGGGGGAAGAGUUUUUCAGCAAGGUCAAUGCUGGGAAGACAUUUGCCAUGCCAUACUGGAAGCCCACCAUCUGAUUUACAUCAUUGGAUGGUCUAUAUACCAUCCUGUAAAGCUUGUAAGGGAGCCAACCAAACCAUUACCUGAAGGUGGAGAUCUAACCCUUGGGGAGCUUCUGAAGUACAAGUCACAACAAGGGGUUCGUGUGAUGAUGCUGGUUUGGGAUGACAAGACUUCACAUCAUAAUUUUCUUCUCAAGACAGAAGGUGUCAUGCACACUCAUGAUGAAGAAACUCGAAGGUUCUUCAAACAUUCAACUGUCCAUUGUGUACUUUCUCCUCGUUAUGCAAGUAAUAAGCUUAGUAUUUUCAAGCAACAGGUUGUAGGAACCCUAUUUACACAUCAUCAAAAGUGUGUGCUUGUAGACACCCAAGCUUCUGGAAAUUAUCGUAAAGUAACUGCUUUCAUUGGUGGCUUGGAUCUGUGCGAUGGCAGAUAUGACACUCCUGAGCAUAGGCUUUUUAUUGAUCUUGAUACCGUCUUUGCAAAUGAUUUUCAUAAUCCAACAUUUCCAUCUCGUGCACGGGGGCCAAGACAACCAUGGCAUGAUUUACACUGUAAAGUUGAAGGUCCUGCUGCAUAUGAUAUAAUGACAAAUUUUGAACAAAGAUGGAGAAAAGUUGCAAAAUGGAGAGAUUUCAAAAUUAGAAAUGUUACUAAUUGGCAUGAGGAUGCCUUAAUAAAACUGGAUCGCAUUUCAUGGAUACUUACUCCAACUGUUGGUGCUGAUGGUGAUCAUUCUAUACAUGCGGCAACUGAAGAUGAUCCUGAGAAUUGGCAUGUGCAGGUAUUUCGAUCUAUUGACUCAGGAUCAGUUAGGGGAUUUCCUAAACUUGUUCAAGAAGCUGAGGCACAGAAUCUUAUAUGUGGGAAAAACUUGAAAAUAGACAAGAGCAUACAUGUUGCAUACGUCAAAGCUAUAAGAUCAGCACAACACUUCAUAUAUAUUGAGAACCAGUAUUUCAUUGGAUCUUCCUUUUACUGGCCAUCAUACAAAGAUGCAGGUGCAGAUAAUUUAGUGCCUAUAGAAUUGGCUUUGAAAAUUGCUAGCAAAAUCAGUGCAAAUGAACGGUUCUCAGUAUAUGUUGUUAUACCAAUGUGGCCUGAGGGUGUCCCAACUAGUGCCUCUGUGCAAGAAAUUUUGUUUUGGCAGGACCAACACACUAGGACAAUGAAGGGGAAGGGGUGUAGGUUGGGUCGACUAUUUGCCUUGGAAUUCGAAAAGACACUAGUGACUUCUUCUACAUCUUGUUCAGGGCAGACAAUAGAUAUGAUGUACAGAAUUGUAGGACAGGCACUUGACAAUGCUGGCCUGUCUAAUAAAUGUCAUCCUCAAGAUUUUUUGAACUUUUAUUGCCUUGGUAAACGUGAACCUGGUUCACCAGACAGAUCAUCACAAACAAAUCCUUCUGAAAACAAUGCACAGGGAUUAGCUCAAAAGUUCCAUAGAUUUAUGAUUUAUGUCCACGCCAAAGGGAUGAUAGUUGAUGAUGAGUAUGUUAUUAUGGGUUCUGCAAACAUUAACCAAAGAUCAUUGGAUGGUUCAAGGGACACAGAAAUUGCCAUGGGUGCUUAUCAACCAAAUUAUACAUGGGCAAUGAAGAAAUGUCACCCACGUGGCCAGGUUUAUGGUUAUCGGAUGUCUCUCUGGGCUGAGCACCUUGGCAUGCUUGAAGAUUGUUUCUAUGAACCACAGAGUAUUGAGUGCAUCAGACGUGUGAAUACACUUGCAGAGUCCAACUGGCAAUCUUAUGUGUCUGAGGAAUUUAUGGAUAUGAAGGGACACUUGAUGCCAUAUCCAAUUCAUGUAGGCUGGGAUGGGAAAAUUGGGCCAUUGCCUGGGUUUGAAUGCUUUCCUGACGUUGGUGGUAAGGUUCUUGGAGCACCCACAACCCUUCCUGAUGCUCUAACAACAUAGCAGUUCAAUAGGUACUCUUACAUGGAGUUUUAACCAAUGCCAAUUGGAGCUUCAAGCAGUUCAAUAGGAUACUUGCCCACAGGAUGGAAUUUAGAUCGCAUAUUAAUUUACAGAUGGAAUCAAGGUAGGAAUCAUACUUGUCAUUAUAGAAUAUACAUACAUAUUUCUUUAUAGGGACAAUUCCUGGAUGGCAGAUAUUGUUUCUCAAACAAUGUAGUUUGGCUUUUACCGGAAAAAAAUA